AUGGCGGAGGUGGAGGCGUCCAAGCGGCGCGCGCGCUCAGGAAGGGGAGGGGGUGUCAACAUCAUCGUGAUGAACGCCGUGCUGGAGGCCUGCGUGAGCUGCGGCGACGUCGACCUCGCGGUCCAGCUCUUCGACGAAAUGCGCGGGCCCAUGGGGUGUGGCGUCGACGGCGUCUCGUACGGCAUCCUGCUCAAGGGUCUGGGGAUAGCUAGAAGGAUUGAUGAAGCUUUCGAGAUACUGGAAUCAGUUGAGAAAGAUACUUCUGAUGGGAGCCCCCGGCUCUCUCCUCAUCUUAUAUGUGGUUUUCUAAACGCCCUUAUCGAAGCAGGAGAUAUGAGGCGUGCCAAUGCUCUCGUUGCUCGUUUUCGCCAAGUCCUUUACGAAGGACAGUCGGUGUUACUAUACAACUUACUGAUGAAGGGAUACAUAAAAAGCAGCUUCCCUCUUGGAGCGUUAACUGUUAAAGAUGAGAUCUUGCGUCAAGGAUUGAAGCCUGAUAGAUUGACGUACAACACCAUCAUUUUUGCAUGUGUAAAAUCAGCAGAGAUUGAGAAGGCUUUCCAAUUUCUUGAAGAUAUGAAGGAUGAAGCUAAAAGGGAUGAUAAUCCUGAACUCCUCCCGGAUGCUGUUACCUACACAACAUUACUUAAGGGUUUAGGAAAUAGCCAAGAUCUUUAUUCAGUUCUGAAGAUUGUGGUGGAGAUGAAAUCAUCACUUGUUUCAAUUGACAGGACUGCAUACACAGCUAUGGCAGAUGCCUUUCUAGCUUGUGGGUCCAUUGACGGGGCUCUUUGCAUUUUUGGUGAGAUAAUAAAGCAGGCUGGCGACAACAAAGACUUGAGGCCCAAACCUCAUCUUUAUCUUUCAAUCAUGAGAGCUUUUGCUACUAUAGGUGAUUUUGAUAUGGUAAGGAGAUUGAAAGAACGCAUGUGGCCAGAUUCAGUUGGAUCCAUUAGCCGUUCAGCUAAACAAGAGGCAGAUGAGCUAUUAAUGGAAGCUGCUAUAAAUAACAAUCAGGUAGAUGUGGCUAGAAGACUUCUCAGAAGAAUAGUUAACGGGAAGGAGCAUUUCUCUUGGAGAAGUAGAGUAGGCCUGGUGGCACUCAAAGUUGAAACGCUAUCUGGAUUCACCAACUCUCCUCUUAGACCACAUGUAUUUCCACAGAUUCUCUUGAAUGAUCCUGUUGAGAAGUAUAUGAUUUCAUUUCGAGAAAGUCGACCGUUAGGUGCUGACUUGAUCUUGGAAAAUGUUGCGAUGCGAUUCUUGAAAGACUCUGCAGUUCCUCUUGUGAAUGACUGGGGAAGUUGUGUUGGAAUAGUUCACAGCCGCGAUUGUACCAAGAUGGACUCGCCUCUUCUUUCAAUGGCGAGGCCACCACUGUGCGUGCCUUGUUCAACCUCGCUGGAGCACGUGAUUGAUCUCCUCCUCAGAGAGAAGUGCGAGAUGGUGAUCGUGGUGAAGAGCGGCAACAUGUAUGAAGGCAGCUACACAUCCAGCUCAAGGCCACUGGGCGUUUUCUCCCUCGGUAUCCUGUCGGAGGCUACCACCAACACGGCAAACACCCACGACGAGUGCGUCUCCGGGGCAGCACCCGGCCAGGACCCUGAAGCCCGCGGCCGUGGCUGA